ACAACGACGUUCCGACGGACGGGCACCCGAUUCAGUCUGUUUUCGACUUUUUCAACCAAAACAACACGCUGCUGCGGGGCAGCUCCGUUCGUCUGACAGCAGAAUCAUCCAAUUCCGUGUCGUGUGUUAUCGUCGUGCUAAUUUAGGGCGGCUUUAGAGCUUUUAAGCGACAUCUUCCGCUUACUGGGAUGCAGUUUGCGGGUGUGUUGCGUAAAAUUUGCUGUAAUUUUACGCGUGAACCAAACUUACACGCCAGUGCAUGCAAACAAAGAAGAUUCAAGGAUAAUUGAAUUAGUUUUGCGUAAGUUUUCGUUGUUUUUCGGUUUUCGCAUAAAGCAAGGGGGUGUAAUCGUUAAAAAAUCGAAAGUGACCAGAUCGUCGGGGUCGGUCGAGUGGGGCUAGUUGUUGGUCGCGUGAACAGAGAGUAUUAGUGAAGUGGCCCCCCAGUUUAAGGGUGCGCUCCGGAAUCGUGUGUUGUUGUCAGCUUGGCAGUGAAGGGAUUGUGAAGCUCAGCUGAGUGCGGUGGAGAUUCCAUUUGAAAACAAAAAUAUUAUGUAAAUUUAUUCAUUCCAUAUUGUGAGGAUAGAGAGAGAAUUGGAUCACGCCAUAGAGAAAUCCGCCGUAGAGGCCAGGUACCGUUCAGUUACCUGAGAGGAAUAUGCAUCAUCCGGAGGCCGCACUAUGAUAUCGGCUGGAGCGAGACGUUCCGGACAGAAAAUGUCCAAACAGCAGGGCAAAUAUGAACUGCUCAAGGAGGAUACUAGUUUAAGGAAGAAACACACCUACAUUCAAGGAUGCCUUCUUGUGGCCUUAUGUGCCAUGUCCAGCGUAGCCGUGUACGCGACCUGGACGAUGAUCUACCGGCAGAACCUAAUCAUUCCACCGACGCUCAUCGACAUUCCCUCCCUUUGGCCAGAACGGCAGCGCCACUACACGGAAGCGUUCCAGUCGGCCCUUGCCGCCGCUAGCCAACCUGAGGUCGACGAUGAUGGUGUCGCGGAGGACGGGCUGUUCACCAAUGGGACCGAACCCGACUUUGAUGUUGCGCCGCCAAUUAAGGAGAUGGAAAACGAGCGGAUAAUGCCGUCCAAAUUUGGCAACUUUAUCGCGGCGUCCCAGGAAACGACGUCCCGAAGGGUGAACGGGGAUAAUGGGGGUCACAAGAUCGUCUGCUACUACACGACACCGGCGAUGAGCGGUUCCGGAAGGCGACGGCGAUCCGUCCGGAGUAAUCUCUACCCGGACCAUAUCGAUCCGUAUCUGUGCACGCAUCUGAACGUCGGAAUCGCCGAGAUUGUCAACGGGACGGUCUACAUCAACGACGAUCUGCGCGUGGUGUUCAACCACACCCGGCAGCUAAAGAAGGCCAACCGGGAGCUGAAGGUGCUCGUUUGGGUGGGUGGAGCCGGCGUCGGAGGUUUCUCCGAAAUGGUCGUGAACCACGCUAGUCGAAAGUUGUUCAUCCAAUCGCUCAAAGCGACCCUGGAGCAGUACCAGCUGGACGGAGUCGAUCUGGAUUGGGAGUUUCCCGGAAGUGGGAGCAAAAACAGGAUGCACUUUUCGCAGCUGUUGCAUGAAAUUAGGCGCGAGUACCAACGGGAACACCGGACUUACAUUCUGAGUGUGGCGGUGGCGGCUCCGGCGACGAUCGCGUACCUCUCGUACGAUGCGAGGGAAAUUAACAGCUACGCGGAUUACGUUAACAUUAUGACCUACGAUUAUCACUUUUACGCAAAGGAGAUGCCGCAGACAGGUUUCAACGCGCCCCUCUACCGACGCCACGACGAGCACGCCAUCUUCGGCACCCUCAACAUCAACGCGUCCGUCCACUACUGGCUUUCGCAGGGCCUGGCCAAGAACAAACUGGUCAUCGGUCUGCCCACAUACGGGCACACCUUCCAGCUGGUGUCCCCGUUCAACACCCGGAUUGGCGCUCCCGCCUCCAGCUAUGGCCGCGUUGGGAUGAUCGGCUUCGCGUCCUACUCGGAGAUUUGCUGGUUCCGGCGGCACAACAUCUACGUGCACCAGGUGUACGACGUGGAGGCGUGUUCGCCGUAUUUGUACGCCGGAACGGAGUGGAUUUCGUACGAGGACGAGCGCAGCCUGGAGUGCAAGGCGAACUACAUCAAGGAGAACGGGUUCGGCGGGGCUAUGAUCUUUUCGCUCAACACGGACGACUUUGGCGAGUACUGUGCGGACAAUCUGCUGCUAGAAGAGGAGGAGGAGGAGGAUGGGGAUGGGGAUGGACAGAGGAAAAGUCAACAAGGGCAGAAUAAUUUUCCGCUGCUGAGGAAGAUUCAUUCCGUGCUGGCGCCGAACCAGAAGCAGCAGCAGGAGCAGAACUAGGCUUACGAUAUAGUUAACACUCUAAAGAGGCAAUGACAAGGGCGUCGGCGAAUUCGAGCAAUCCGGUUACAAUAACAAGAAAAAUACGACUUAUAAUGUGUAAGAGGUAACGUUUAGUAGAAGCAUAUGAAAUUAUUUAUAAAACAAAAAUACGGAAAGGUGUGUCUGUGUGCGGGGGCAGGAAAAAUUAUGCUUCGAAUCUGUAUUAAGAAAUUACCGAAAACCAAGUUAUUAAUUUGUAGGUAGCUGGUAAGAUUGGCGAAUCAAAGAUCGAUUGAUAUUAUUGUAGAUGUGAGUUGUAGAAAGUAAGUGAGGGAAGGGAACGAAAAAAUAAUAAAUUCGUCAUGUUAUCUAGUCAACUCGUCGCAUGAUUUUGGUUCGAUUUCUUAGAAUUAGGUGCUCUAAAUUGUUUUCAGUGCGGUUUCAUUUCAAAGAAUUGUCUUCCAUCAAUUAAAGUUAUUGUUUUGUUCAUGUUUUGCUACGUGUUUUUGGUUUUUAUCUCAAAUUAAAUUUCAGUUACAUCAAUCUAUUUUCAUCAAGAGUGCUUCACUGAUUACAACUAUCACAGGCUAGUUUUACUAAAUUUUCUACGAUGUCAGAUAACAUGCUAACCAAACAAAGAACAACAAAAUUUGCACCUUGGUGCAGCGCCUUAUAGCUAGCUUUCGUCGUGAGUAGUGGAUCGAGUCGAGCGUAGAAACGGAUUUCAACACUGUUUGUAAAAUGCAAAAUUAUAAAUAUAUAAUUUUUAUACGAACGAUUUUAUAGUGCUUUAAAACACACAAACACACUCACACUAACACACACACGCGUAGCUGUUAGUUGUCCUCUAGAGAUGCGAUAUUUUUCGGUUAGACACGUGCGCACAACCCGACAAAAACUAACAAUAAUCAAGCAAAAGAUCCCCUCCAACAACUAAGUAAACUACCGCAACCGAAUCCACAGAUAACCCUAGUGCCAAAAUAUGAAGUGAAAAAAAUAAAUAAAAUAACCUAUAAAACAAACAAAACUAAUCAACUACAACUACCAAAACCAGAGCAAAAAACACCAGCAACACUUGAAGAGUAGAAACCCCUUAAAAAAGUAACACUUUACUCACCCUAAACACACACACGAACACUAACACUGGUUAAGAUAACUUGUAACAUUCCACAGAAAGGUAUUUGUUCUGUUUGCAACCAAUUUGAAACUCGAAAAGGUGUUGAUAACUGCUAAAACUUUAAGUUUAAGCUAUCGCUGUAAGUAUUUUAUACCAGAGAUAAUGUUUCCUGUACGAGUAGCGAGAGGGCAGCGAACGCUAGUUAAAAGUGAUGAAUCUUGAAAAACAAAAUGGCAGUGUUCUAGAUGGUGAUUGUAGAAAAGCAUACGAAUAAACAACGGCGGAUUUUAAAUAAGGAGGAAACUGUGUACAUCGUGGUGGAAAUAAAUAUUAUUAUUCAUUUAUAUUUAAACUAUGUUA